AUGUAUUUCGCCAGUCUCUGUACCGUGCUCACUUACACAAGUGUAGCCCUUGCGAGGCCCUCGCAACACUUCGCACGGCACAUCACCCCGUCCGGCCUGCAAGACAGCUACGACUAUGUCAUCGUCGGCUCCGGCCCGGGCGGGUCCCCUGGCCGCCCGCCUCGCCAUGGCCGGCAAGUCCGUCCUGCUCAUCGACGCCGGCGACGACCAGGGCGAGUCGAUCCGUACCGCGUCCCCGCCCUGAGCCUCCAGUCAACAGAGUACGAGCCCAUGCGGUGGGACUACUACGUCAACCACUUCAGCAACCUCACCUACCAGAAGCAAGACUCCAAGAUGACGUACCGCACCGCCUCCGGGGCCACCGUACCCGCACAAGAGCGACUGGGACGGCAUCGCCUCCCUCACCGGCGACGCGUCGUGGUCCGCCUCAACAUGCGCAAGUACUUUGAGCGCCUGGAAAAGUGCUCCUACCUCCUCAACGGCGGGUCCGGCCACGGCUUCAGCGGCUGGCUAUCCACCAGCCUCACGGACCUCACCCUCGUCGUCACGGACCUGAAGCUCCUCCGUAUCGUCCUCAACACCGCCAUCUCCAUGGGCCAGGGCGGCCUGCUGACCUGGCUCAUCACCACCGUCGGCGGCCUGACGGGCGUGCUGCUGCAGGACCUCAACGUCGACUCGCCCUCCCGCGACUCCGUCCAGGGCGUGUACCAGAUCCCCAUCGCUACGGACGCCGGCUCGCGCUCCGGCCCGCGCCAGCUCAUCGUCGACGUGACGGGUGCCCAAAACUCGGACGGCUCGCGCAAGUUCCGCCUCGACGUGCUGCUCGACACCCUCGUGACCAAGGUCCGCUUCGACACGACGGGCAGCAAGCCCCGCGCCGUCGGCCUGCUCAAGCUCAGCGGCGUGGGCCCGCAGGCGGAGCUCGCGGCCCACGGCAUACCCCUCGUGGCCAACCUCCCCGGCGUGGGCACCAACCUCCAGGACCGCUACGAGACGACGGUCAUCGGCAAGACGACGUCCGACUUCGCCGUGACGGGCGCCUGCAACUUUUACCGCACCCCCGACGACCCGUGCCUCCAGCGGUGGGAGGCGGGCGGGUCCUCCCCGACCCUCAAGGGCGUGUACGCGUCCAACGGCAUCGCCCUCGGCGUCGUCCGCAAGUCCACGGCCGCCGCGGCGGGCGACGACCCGGACACCUUUAUCUUAGGCGCACCCGUGGGCUUCAAGGGCUACUACCCGGGCUACUCGGCCGACUCGACCGUCGACGCGAGGCACUGGACCUGGCUCACGCUCAAGGCCCACACGCGCAACCGAGCCGGCACCGUGCGCUUGCGGUCCGCGGACCCGCGCGACACCCCGCUCAUCGACUUCAACAACUUUGAGGAUCCCGCCGCCGCCGCGCUCGACGUCCGCGCCGUCGUCGAGGGCAUGAAGUACACCCGCGGCCUCAUCAACUCGGUCGGCGGCUUCACCGAGGUGUGGCCCGGCCCGCAGGUCGCUUCGGACGCGCAGCUCAGCGACUGGACGAGGAAGGAAUCGUGGGGCCACCACGCCAGCUGUACCUGUCCCAUCGGACCCGACGGCGAUGCCCAGGCGGUGCUGGAUUCCAAAUUCCGGGUGCGCGGGGUGGAUGGGUUGAGGGUGGUGGAUGCGUCCGUCUUUCCGCGGAUUCCCGGUUUCUUCAUCGCCGUGCCUGUUUACAUGGUGAGCGAAAAAGCGGCAGAUACGAUUCUCGGUCUUGGUUGA